GAAGAGGAGGAGCCGCGCCGGGCACGUCGGGGGGCGGUUGCUUCCGGAGCAAGGGAGGUUGAGGGAGGCGGGAAUUCGCGCAAGCAAAACAAGCACGCAGGAAGAGGCAGAAUGGCGGUCCUGUUGGAAACUACGCUGGGCGAUCUGGUGGUCGACCUGUACACCGAGGAGAGACCUCGAGCCUGCCUUAAUUUUCUGAAGCUCUGCAAAACAAAGUACUACAAUUACUGCCUCAUACAUAAUAUUCAGAGAGACUUUAUCAUACAGACUGGUGACCCACAGGGGACUGGCCGUGGAGGUGAAUCAAUUUUUUGCAAACUGUAUGGGGAUCAAGCUAGAUUUUUUGAAGCAGAAAAAGUGCCAAGAAUUAAACACAAGAAGAAGGGAACAGUGUCAAUGGUGAACAAUGGCAGUGAUCAACAUGGAUCUCAGUUUCUCAUUACUACAGGAGAAAACUUAGAUUACCUUGAUGGUGUACAUACAGUGUUUGGCGAAGUAACAGAAGGCAUGGAUGUACUGGCAAAAAUUAACGAGGCCUUUGUUGACAAGGAUUUUAUACCAUAUCAAGACAUCAGGAUAAAUCAUACAGUGAUCUUGGAUGAUCCAUUUGAUGACCCACCUGGUUUGGCAGUACCAGAUCGUUCACCAGAGCCUACGAAGGAACAAUUGAAUAGUGGGAGAAUAGGAGCUGAUGAAGAAAUUGAUGACUUCAAAGGAAGAUCUGUUGAUGAAAUGGAAGAAAUUCUGGCAGAAAAAGAUGCAAAAACUCAGGCGAUCCUUUUGGAAAUGGUGGGAGACUUGCCUGAUGCUGAUAUUAAGCCACCUGAAAAUGUGUUGUUUGUCUGCAAACUUAAUCCGGUGACAACAGAUGAAGACCUUGAAAUAAUAUUUUCUCGAUUUGGGCCAAUAAAAAGCUGUGAAGUGAUUCGAGACUGGAAAACUGGUGAAUCACUCUGUUAUGCUUUCAUCGAGUUUGAAAAGGAAGAAGAUUGUGAGAAGGCUUACUUUAAGAUGGAUAAUGUAUUAAUAGAUGAUAGACGGAUACAUGUGGAUUUUAGCCAAUCUGUUGCAAAGAUUAAAUGGAAAGGGAAAGGUGGUAAAUAUACAAAAGAUGAUUUCAAAGAAUAUGAAAAGGGCCAGGAUAAAACUUCUAAAUUAACCCUGAAGGAGAAGGCAAAGCCCAAGCAAGACUCAAAAUAUGACCUUGUCUUGGAAGAGACCAAAACAAGUCACCAGCACUCUGAUAAAAAGAAGAAACAACGCCAUCAUACGGACGAUACUGAUGAGGAUGAGAAGAGGGCUAAGAAAUCUAAGGAUCCUGACCGAAGACACAAAGGAGAAUGUGACCGUGAGAAGAGAAAAAGUGACAAGCGGGACAGACAGCGGAGCCCAUCUUGGGACAGGGACCACCACUUCAAAAAGUCGAAGGACAGACACCAUGAGGAGCCCCGGGAAAGGGAACACGAGGAGAAGGGGAAGAAGAGAGCCAAAAGUCCUAAGAAGUGCAAAGAGAAGGAGAAGUCCAAAUACAGAUGAACAAAGGAUGGAGAUGGGGAGAGGGAAAGUGUAGAAGACAUACACUGCUCUUCCCCUAUAUAUCUAUGUCACUGGGGGAAAGACUUCAGGCCCCCCUCUUGACCUUUGGUUUUCCUGCAGGACCAAAGAGUGAGAUGUCUAGUAGUAUUCUAAUGCUGGGGUUUGGGGGGUGGGUGGGUGUGUUUUUGCAGUUAAAACACUUUAUCUGUAGUUGGCUUUUAUGCUGCAGGGAUUCAGUGAUGAAGAAUUAGCAGCGUCUGGCUGAUUAAACUCUACCCGUCACCACUACAAAAGAUCCCCACUUAAUGUCAGCUUUUAACUCCAGGUGGCACACUCGAGGCAUUCCCUCCCCCCCCCAGCUCUCAAAGACUACUUCGUUCAUGAUGGAUUUCCUCUUUGUAAAGUUAUAUACAGCUUUGAAGCAUACACCAUUACACUGGGAUAAAAGCAGCUAUUUUCAUUCAUUUUUCUCCAUGGCAGUUUGAUGCCAGUUGAGACUUCCUACUGUAUGGACACAUAGUGAAAUAAUUUUGUCUGUUCAUCACAUAAAAUGUGAUAGUGUA